GCCAUGGCUGCCGCCGCGCUGAUGUCGCCGGCGCCGCCGCUGCUGCUGCUGCUACUGCUGGGGUCUCCGCCCGCCGCCCCCGCGCCGCCGGCCCGGGACCCUUUUGCGCCACAGCUCGGGGACACCCAGAGCUGCCAGCAGCGCUGUCGCGAGCGCAACCCGGGACUGUGGCUCUCGCAGGCAGGGCCAGAGGUCCCCUCCUCGGAGUCCCCAUAUGACAGAGCCAUCCGGAUCAGCGCUUGUGAGAGGGGCUGCCGGCUCUUCUCCAUUUGCCGCUUCGUGGCCAAGAGCUCCAGGCCCAAUGCCACCCGCACCGAAUGCGAAGCAGCGUGCGUGGAAGCCUAUGUGAAGGACACUGAGCAGCGAGCCUGCUGCGAGGGCUGCUGGAUCCAGGCCCCCCGGCCAGAGCUGGAGUCCCAGCUGGAAAAGAGAAAGGUCCUGGAAGCUCCUGGUGGGGCCCUGUCCCUCCUGGACUUAUUUUCCACUCUGUGCAAUGACCUCGUCAACUCAGCCCAGGGCUUUGUCUCCUCCACCUGGACAUACUACUUACAGACCGACAAUGGGAAGGUGGUGGUUUUCCAGACCCAGCCUGUGGUCGAGAGCCUGGGUUUCCAGGGCGGCCACCUGCAGCGAGUGGAGGUAACCUGGAGGGGCUCACAUCCCGAGGCCCUGGAGGUGCAUGUGGACCCCGUAGGCCCCUUGGACAAGGUGCACAAGGCCAAGAUCCGCGUGAAGACCAGCAGCAAGGCCAAGGUGGAGCUGGAGGAGCAGCAGGACAGUGACUUCCUCAGCUGCAUGGCCCGGCGCUCUGGGCUGCCCCGCUGGCUGCUGGCCUCCUGCCUCUGCCUCUCUGUGCUGGUCAUGCUAUGGCUGAGCUGCUCCACGCUGGUGGCUGCACCAGGCCAGAACCUCAAGUUCCAGCCCCUGACCCUGGAGCAGCACAAGGGCUUCAUGGUGGAGCCGGACUGGCCCCUGUACCCGCCUCCGUCGCACACCUACGAGGACAGCCCCCCGCCCUACAAGCUCAAGCUGGACCUGACCAAGCUGUAGCCCCAAGUCCCAGGUCGGGGGCCAUGGUCCCGCCCCACCCCUCAGCCCUCCGUGUCCCUGUCCCAUCUGCACUCCUCACAGGGGGGCGGCUGGGGGCUGGCCGGGGUUCUCCUGUCCUGUCCCUCAUCCUUGAGGCUGUGCUGCUUUCUGUCAUUGCUCUUGUGGCUUUGGGGGUGUGUGAACCCCACCUGCGUGCUGCCUGCCUUCUUUUUCUAGCCGCUCUCAGGGGCUGGGGCACAGCGGAGGGACUCCCUCCGCCGCUUCUGUUUCCUGUUGUCCUCCAGGGGCAGGGACCUGGGGACACCGAUGGCGGGAGGGCCAGGGGCUGAGCUGGGGAAAAUAAACCCUGAACCUAAAGGACA